AUGCAUGAGCAAGGUGUCUACUGGCGCAACGAAUGCGGCUUCCAGCCGCUACUGCCCUACUGGAUGAUAAUUAGCGCCCUCAGCCCAUUUCUGCUGCUGCCCUUCAUAAAGGCGGUCAAGGACCCCUACUUUGGGGUCACGUGCUGGCGGGCCCUGUCCGUAGCUUUGUAUCUCGUCUUCUUCGCAUGGCUCAUAACGGGCAGCAUUUGGAACUUCGAGACGUUCAAGAGUGCCACAGACGCUCAGUGCAAAAAGGUACUGAAGAUUUACGCGCUCGCGCUCACGUGCGUACACUGGUUGCUGUUCGCGCUAGCCACAAUCCCACAGGUUUACAUACUCACCAAGGUGUGCUGCUGCUGUACAGAGAACGCCAUCAGGCCGCUAAAACCCCACAUGAACGUGGAGGAGAAUAUUUAAAGAUACAAGAAAUAUAAACGAUAUA